GUGAAACUGAAGCUAAUUUAUCAAAGAGCAAUCAAAAGAGAGUGACUCUCUCUUUCGACCCUUCCUUAAUAACUCAUCUUCCUAAAAAAUCCAAGCUUUUAAUGGCUGCCUUAUCAAUUGGGAGUCAUUUUUCACCAUCAUACCAUUUCAAGAAACGCUCUUUCCACAGUCCCUCCGUCCACUCAGUGCCUAGCUUUGGCUCUUCACUUUGUAGAAUCAGAGCUCCUAGGUUGCUUCGCAAUGGAGUUCUUGCUAGAGCUGAGGAUAAGGCCAGAGACUCUUCUUCUUCUCCUCCAACUCAACAACAAUUUCAACCCAACAAGGAAAAGCAGCUUGAGGAGCUGACCUCACCAUCUGGAUCAUGUGAUCCUUUAUGUUCAGUUGAUGAAACUAGCUCGGUAGAUUUUGAAGCUACUUACCAGCCAAAGACUGAUUUGUUAAAAACUAUUGCAAUUUUCACAGCAGCUUUAACAGGGACUCUGGCAAUUAAUCUGUCAUGGGUUGCUUCCAAUGAGGAUGUCGCUAUGGCAUUGCUUUUUGCAAUAGGAUAUGCUGGCAUUAUCUUUGAGGAGUCUCUAGCCUUCAAUAAAAGUGGAGUUGGAUUGUUGAUGGCUGUGAGUUUAUGGGUAGUGCGAAGCAUUGGGGCUCCUUCAACUGAUAUAGCUGUUUCACAGCUGACACAUGCAUCGGCAGAAGUCAGUGAAAUAGUGUUUUUCUUGCUUGGUGCAAUGACCAUUGUAGAGAUAGUUGAUGCUCAUCAAGGAUUUAAGAUGGUUACUGACAAUAUAACCACUAGAACGCCACGGACUCUGCUUUGGGUGGUUGGUUUUGUGACAUUUUUCCUUAGUUCCAUCCUUGACAAUCUGACAUCUACAAUAGUCAUGGUUUCUUUGCUGAGGAAACUAGUGCCUCCAUCGGAAUUUCGGAAGCUUCUAGGAGCUGUUGUUGUGAUAGCAGCAAAUGCUGGUGGUGCUUGGACUCCUAUUGGUGACGUUACCACUACCAUGCUAUGGAUACAUGGUCAAAUAUCCACAUUGCAGACGAUGAAGGGUUUGUUCAUACCUUCAAUUGUUUCUCUAGCUGUUCCACUGGCUCUUAUGUCUUUGACUAGCGAAGUUAAUGGAAAGGGACAGGAUUCUCCAAAUGUUUUGGCAUCUGAACAAAUGGCUCCUAGAGGACAACUUGUUUUCUCUGUGGGUAUUGGUGCUUUGAUUUUUGUUCCAGUGUUCAAGUCCUUAACUGGUUUGCCUCCAUAUAUGGGAAUGUUGCUGGGACUUGGAGUUCUUUGGAUUCUGACUGAUGCCAUUCAUUAUGGUGAAUCAGAAAGGCAAAAAUUAAAAGUUCCACAAGCUUUAUCAAGGAUUGAUAGUCAAGGAGCUCUUUUCUUCCUUGGAAUCCUUUUGUCUGUGAGCAGCCUAGAAGCAGCAGGUCUUCUUCGGGAGUUGGCAAAUUACCUCGAUGCUCAUAUUCCUAAUGUUGAACUGAUUGCAAGUGCAAUAGGAGUUGUGUCAGCAAUUAUUGACAAUGUUCCACUGGUUGCGGCAACAAUGGGAAUGUAUGAUCUCACCUCUUAUCCCCAGGAUUCUAAGUUUUGGCAGCUUGUUGCAUAUUGUGCUGGUACCGGUGGAUCCAUGCUAGUUAUUGGGUCUGCAGCGGGAGUUGCAUACAUGGGAAUGGAAAAAGUGGACUUCUUUUGGUACUUUCGAAAGGUGAGCGGUUUUGCUUUUGCGGGUUAUGCUGCUGGUAUCGCUGCCUAUUUAGCAGUUAGUAACUUUCACAUCUCCUUACCCUCAACCUUAGCUCAGGUUCCUUUCCUUUCUGGUUCAUAAAUUACAAUGCUACAGCUUGAGUUUAACUCCUUCCACGUGGCCUUUUUUUUUUUUUUGUUAUCAAUUUAGUGAAGAAACCUCCCACAAUGUACAAGCUUUAGAAUUCAAGAAAUUUUGAUGGAGAAAAGGUCCUAGCAGUUCUUAAAUCUCAUGCCUGCAAACGUUAUGAUCAUUCUUAUCAGAUAUGCAAAGACCAUGAAUUAAGUCA